CUUCUGAGUUCUGACUAAUAAACCCACAGUGAAUAGUUGAGGUUAAAAUUGUUUCUGAGCAUAUUUAUUCAUUCUUAAAAUUUAUAAAAAUCUGUGUUAAAAAAUGGCUUUAUCGGUACCAAGAGCCCCCGGGUUACCCCAAAUGAUGAAGGAAGGAGCACGGAUGUACUCCGGUUUAGAGGAGGCUGUCUACAGAAAUAUUACAGCAUGUAAAGAAUUUUCUCAAACAGUACUUUCGGCAUAUGGUCCUAAUGGGAUGAAUAAAAUGGUAAUAAAUCAUAUUGAAAAACAAUUUGUUACUUCAGACGCUGGAACUAUUAUGCGUGAAUUGGAUGUAGAACAUCCAGCUGCUAAAUUGAUGGUAAUGGGUAGUCAUAUGCAAGAAGCUGAAGUUGGUGAUGGCACUAAUUUUGUUGUAAUAUUUGCGGGAGCUCUUCUUGAUGGUGCUGAAGAACUUCUUAGGUUAGGUGUAACAGCGAGUGAAAUCGCUGAAGGAUAUGAAAUUGCUUUACAGAAAGCUAUAGAAAUUUUGCCUUCGUUAGUUUGCCAUGAAAUAAAAGAUUAUCGAAAUCUCGAAAAGGUUGAGGAGUGCAUUCGUCCUUCAGUUAUGUCUAAACAAUAUGGACAGGAAGAUUUUUUGGCUAAUUUAAUUGCCAAUGCUUGUGUAUCUGUACUACCAGAAAAAUCAACUUUUAAUGUAGAUAACAUUCGUGUUUGUAAAAUUUUGGGAAGUGGAUUAAUGGAAUCAAAAGUUCUUAAAGGCAUGGUAUUUAAGAGACAAGUUGAAGGCGAUGUUAUUUCUGCAGAAAAAGCUAAAAUUGCUAUGUAUUCUUGUCCGGUUGAUAUUAUACAAACCGAAACCAAAGGUACAGUUUUAAUCAAAUCAGCUGAUGAACUAAUGAAUUUUAGUCGAGGUGAGGAAGGUCUCUUAGAACAACAAAUUAAAAGUAUUGCAGAUACAGGAGCAAAAGUUAUUGUUGCCGGUGGAAAAUUUGGUGAUAUGGCUUUGCAUUUCAUGAAUAAGUAUGGCUUAAUGGCAGUUCGCUUGAAUUCAAAGUUCGAUUUAAGACGGUUAAGUAAAACUGUAGGAGCAACAGUAUUACCGCGUUUAACUGCUCCAAGUUCGGAAGAACUUGGCUAUUGCGAUAAUAUCUGCGUUCAAGAACUUGGUGAAACUGCAGUUAUUUCAUUUUCAAAUGAGGGUGCUGACUGUAAGAUUUCAACAAUAGUUAUUCGUGGCGCCACUGAUAAUUUUAUGGAUGAUAUUGAAAGAGCUAUAGAUGAUGGUGUUAACACCUUUAAGUGUCUAUCAAGAGAUGGAAGAUUUUUGCCAGGGGCAGGUGCUGUUGAAAUAGAAUUGGCACAAAAACUUUCAGAAUAUGCUGACCAAUUUCCAGGUUUAGCUCAAUAUUCCAUAAGGAAAUUUGCUAAUGCUCUAGAAGUAUUUCCAAAAUGUUUAGCAGAAAACAGUGGAAUAAAUGGAACUGAAGUUGUUCAUAAAUUACAUUUGGCGCAUAAGGAUGGUGGUAAAAAUAUUGGAGUUGAUAUAGAAGCGGAGCAACCUGAAACAAUUGAUGUAACAUCAACUAAAAUUUAUGAUUUGUAUGCAUUGAAACAUUGGGGCCUAAAAUAUGCAGUGGGUGCUGCUGCCACAAUUUUAAAGGUAGAUCAAAUAAUUAUGGCUAAGAGAGCCGGUGGCCCUAAAGCACGUCAACCUGCAGGUAGUGAUGAUGAAUCAUAGAAUGGAGAAAAUUUUUUUCUAAAAUUAAUUUGCUAUAUAUUCACGUCAUUUUAAGUUCGUCUAUAAAAAAAAAGAAACACUUUUAAUUUUUAACCGUACGUUUCUCAACUUCAUUAAUCUUACAUUACACUAAAUAAAAAAAAAUAUU